CACCCCCGCGCACCGCCCCCGGGUUCGCUCUCCGGUCCGCAGUAGAAACACUGCCCUCUCCCUUCUUGACCCCUGGCCCUACCUCCCCUCCCUUCUUCCCUCCCUCCUGCCGCGGUCUAUUUUGGCGCUGCUGCUCCCGGAGGAGCUCCCGGCUCGGUGAUGGGGUCUCGGGCCUCCACGUUAUUGAGGGACGAAGAGCUUGAAGAGAUAAAAAAGGAGACUGGCUUUUCUCACAGUCAGAUCACCCGCCUCUACAGCCGGUUCACCAGCCUGGACAAAGGAGAAAAUGGGACUCUCAGCCGGGAAGAUUUCCAGCGGAUUCCAGAACUUGCUAUCAACCCACUAGGGGACCGGAUCAUCAAUGCCUUCUUUCCAGAGGGAGAGGACCAGGUAAAUUUCCGUGGAUUCAUGAGAACUUUGGCUCAUUUCCGACCUAUUGAGGAUAAUGAAAAGAGCAAAGAUGUAAACGGACCAGAACCACUCAACAGCCGAAGCAACAAACUUCACUUUGCUUUUCGACUAUAUGAUUUGGAUAAAGAUGAUAAGAUCUCCCGUGAUGAGCUGUUACAGGUGCUACGCAUGAUGGUUGGAGUGAAUAUCUCUGAUGAGCAGCUGGGCAGCAUUGCAGACAGGACCAUCCAGGAGGCUGAUCAGGAUGGAGAUAGCGCCAUAUCUUUCACAGAAUUUGUUAAGGUUUUGGAGAAAGUGGACGUAGAACAGAAAAUGAGCAUCCGAUUUCUUCACUGAAGGACUGAGACCAAACUGUUCCUUGCUUUCUAGUAUUUAAGAACUGGAACUUGAGAGUCCUCCCACCCACCAACCCCACCCCCACUCCAUCAGUCCCCUUCUCCCAAAGUACAAUUGCUGUUGCAUGACAACCCCAACUAUGUUCUGUCACCGCAAACCUGCCUUUGGUGUAUAAACAGGGCAUUACAGAAUGGUACGUCUGGUCUACUGCUGUCUGCUGUCAUUCACCAGUUAUCUCUGCCUGUCCUGCUGCUGGAUGCCACAUGUCUGUGUGGGCUGAGAAAAUGAGAGAGGGAAUCAUGCCAAGAAUCAGCCAGCAAAGCUUUCACGGGGUAUAGACUGUAGCCAGGCCGCCUUCCCUCCAGCUCGGCUUCAGCAUGCUCCUUCCUCCUUUAUGUGUCUGUUCUUCUUUGUCAUCCAACAUAGCAUUCACUUUCAUUCUCUUUGAUUUUUAUUAAGCUUCAGUUUCCUCUGUUCUACUUGGCACCCUAGCUAUUCCUGUUCAGUGUAUUCCUGAUUUGACAGCAUAGCUUGGUGGUCUGACAGUUUUUAUCUGUCUUUCUUCUUGAAUGGAUCUCUGGAGGUUGCUUCUCCGGGAGCUUUUUGGUGACCAAUACUUUUCUCAGAAGAAUGUGACCAUCUUUUGGUCCCCUUCACUCUGCUUUGUAAUCAAAGGACUGUUGGUUAGAGAUGUUUGUUAAAAGGCGGUGGCCUUGAGAAGAGGUGUAGAGCUGAGUCUUAAGGUGGUUUGCCCAGGUCACUACCUCUGGCCUCUGAUUCUCAACAUAUGUACCUACAUGACAACUCUUCUUAGUACAGUGUUGACUCUUCAGAAAAUAGCCAUAUGCCUGCAGGUUUGCUUAGUUCUGAAACACUGUUACCACCAGAAUGGUGUGCUUAGGGACUUGCUCAUGACUUUUUGAACAAGGAAGCUGGGCAUCCUGAAAGCCUCAUGUGUUCCCACCUCUGCAGCAUGAUUUAUGCCUCAGUGUUAUGUGCCCUGGAAUGUUUUUUCACUUCACAUGUCCAAGUAGAAAGAUUAGUGUUAUGGAAGUGCCUAACUUAUCCAAGUCCAGGAGAUUUAAAGAUUGUCCUCAGUGUAUUGAAGUUUUGCACAAAAUUCUCUAUGGAUUUCAUACUUGGCAAACGUUAAUGCUGGAAGCCAUAGUCAGCUCUUGAUAGAGGUCCAAAGCAUUGAAUGUAUUGUAUUAGCGGUCUGCUUACAUUGACUUACCAACUUCACUCAUAGACCACUGCUUAUCCCGUAGAAACAGGGGAACUGGCCUUAGUGGCACAACCUGAGAUGACAUCAUAGGCCUUAGUAUGAGCCAUAGCAACUUCUCUGCCUAAGUCAGCUUUGUACAGACUCUUCAAAUCAGGUUGUUUUCAUUGCAAUGUCUAUCCUUAUGAGUCUGUUAGUCCUUAUAUCUGCCUCUGGAUGGCUUUCUCUGCCUCAUUGCUUGCUUGCUUGCUUGUUUUCUUGCUUUGGAAGACUAUCCACGAUGUGUAGACACAAUACUUUAAGAAGGGAGUUGCUGGGGAAAAGGAAAAUUCCAAGCUUGGGAAGAGUGGGAAGUAGAGGAGUAACCAGGCUGGACAACUCAAGUAUAAGUGGCUGACGAAUUCUUGAUGAAGUAUCAGUCUCAUUUUGUGGUAAAGUGAUGUAUUAUAGGAAUUGUAUAAAAGGGGAGAUUGUCUGAUCUGUAAAGAGAGGUGCUUCAGAGGCUCCUUGACUUGCGUAUUUAAGGUCCUAAAAUUAUGGCGUUUUCCUUCUUUUGGCUGUAUAGCAAACUGUUUUAAUCCACAGUUGUGCCUUAUUGUUCCAUUAAAAUUGUAUUUGACCCAUCAAUAAAUAUUCGUGGUUAAAAUAAAUAACUUGCUUGACUUUGUCCAUGUGUUCUAUAGGAGUUUUCUAUAACUGAGCCCCCUUCAUCAUGUAUGAAAUCACAGUGUCUCCCACACAGAUGUGUAUGUCUGUGCUAUCAAAUGGGUCUCCUGUGCUGCCUGGACACAGGAGGUAGAGGCAUUCAUCUCAAGGCCAGCACUGCCCCUUGACUCUCUCCAGGUAGGAUGUGAUUUCUUUCUGUGACUCCUGACUCCUUUAAUAUAGAAAAGGUCUACAGGUUUGGUAUCUGUCACCUAUUUGUCAAGUUGUCCUUGAUUUUACAGCCUUGAAUGAGAUAUUGUACCCAGCUUUUAUUACAUGCCUUUUCAUAUCUUCUUGUUUUUUCAGUUUUCUUAACUACAUUUUCAUUUUUGUACAAUAGUUGGUUUCUCUCUUCAGGUGUAGUCCCCAUAGUUCUCCCGUCACCGUAUCACCUGUAUUUUUGUAAGAACCCACCACCAUAUGCCCUUGUGUUCUCUGCUGUGUUUGAUCCCCUCCCUCCCUUUCCCUUGCUGUGUGCCUCAGAUCUUUCGUCAGCUCAUAUCUUCUAACUUUAGUCUGUAGAGUAGGAGUAGCUUUUCUUAUUUUAAGAUUUAUUGGCACAACAAAAGACUCAAAGCAGUAAUAAAUGAAAAGUCUUACAAAUUCUCCCUCCACCCCUGUACCACUCCUGUAUCCCCUUGACCCUUUCCCUCCCCACUCCUUAACCCUGAGCCCUCAGGAUAUUUAUUAAUGUCCCCUCCUUUGUGGAAGUGUUUUGUAUUCUCAAACUGUCUGCUAUGUAAAUGUGUCCAGUAUUUAUCAUUCUGACUUAACUUUGUUGCAUGAUAUUCUCUCAUAUUCACUCUACUUUGUUGAAGAUGGCUGCCUGUCAUCCUUUCUUAUGACUGUAUACUACAUUUUGUGUAUAUAAACACAUCUUACUGACUUAAUAGUCUUGAUGGACAUUCCAUUCCACAUUCCAUUAUUAUUAAUGCUUAAAUAAAGCUGCUAUAACA